UCAGGUGACAUCACAGGAAGUUGGAUGAAGUUUCGUCGAACUCAGGCACUCUAGGCUCCGAUCGGUGUUGAUGUUUUCACGACUCUGUCAGACUGAGAGGCAUCUGGACGCUUCACAGAGACCAAACUCUGCUCUGUGAACAAACCGAGAUGAACGAGGACGCGGAGGAGGCGCAGCAACCUGAGAAGUUGCUGGAGGCUGAGGAGCAGGAGUUGCAGCAACAGGAGGGAGAACCUGAGAUGGAAGAGGAAGUGAAGGAACACGAGGGAGAGGUAGAGAAGGUGGUCCAUCCGCUGGAGGAAGAACUGCAGGAAGAGAAAGUGCAGCAACAGGAUGGAGAUACUGAGGAGGAGGUGUAUCGGCAGGAAGGAGAGUUAGAAGUAGAGGUUGUGGCGCAUGAGUGGGAGAUGGAAGAGAAGGUGGAGGAGGUUUUGCAGCAGGAGGACAGACUGUUUGAAGAGAUCCUAAAGACAGAAGGGGAACAGGAGCAGCAAGAGGAGUUGCAGCUACAGGAAGAAGAGCAGGAAAAGGAGGAGGAGGUGCAGACUGAGGAGGUGCAGCAAAGUGAACUACACCCUGAAAAGGAGGAGGAGGAGACUGAGGAGAUGCAACAAGAAGAGGAGGUGCAGCAAAGUGAGGUGGUACAACAGGAGGAGGAGGUGGAGGAGGAGGUGAAGCAGAGUGAGGAGCUGCAGCUGCAGCCUCAAGAACACGAGGAGGAGGAGCAGCAGGAGGAGGAGGAGGUGCAGCGUGAGGAGAUGUCACGGACUGAGGAAGAGCAGAAGGAGCAACAGCAGUCUGAGGAGGCGCAGGACUUUGGGGACGCUCUGGAGCACAAUCACAACAACCAGGUCCUGAUCCGGCUGAGAGGAAUGCAGAAAUAUAAAAGUACAUCGCAAAGGCUGAAGGCGGUCCUGGAGCAGAUGGACCGUGGUGUGGUGGACCUGCAGGAGCUCCGGAGGCACCUGGAGCUUGCAGCUGCCAUGCUGGAUGCCGUCUACACCGAUGAGACCAGGCGACUGUUGGACACUGAAGAUGAGCUUAGUGACUUGCAGGCGGAGUCAGUGCCAAGCGAAGUGCGUGAUUGGCUGGCGUGCACCUUCAGCAGGAAGAUGGGUGUGGCCAAGCGUCGCCCUGAAGAGAAGCCAAGAUUCAGGAGCAUUGUCCAUGCAGUGCAAGCUGGGAUAUUUGUAGAGAGGAUGUACAGACGGACGUCCAACAUGGCUGGUCUGACCUAUCCUCCCACAGCUUUGACAGCUCUGAAGGAGGUGGAUCAGUGGUCCUUCGAUGUUUUUGCCUUCCACGAGGCCACCGGAGACCAUGCCCUCAAGUUCCUAGUCUACGACCUGCUGACCCGCUAUGACCUCAUCAACAGGUUCAGGAUCCCAGUGCAGGCUCUGGUGCAGUUUGUUGAAGCACUCGAGAACGGCUACAGCAAACACAAGAACCCCUACCACAACCUUAUCCACGCAGCUGACGUCACUCAGACAGCCCACUUCCUGAUGCUACACACUGGACUGAUGCACUGGCUGAGCGAGCUGGAGAUUCUUGCAAUGGUUUUUGCUGCAGCAAUUCACGACUUUGAACACACAGGAACCACCAACAACUUCCACAUCCACACCAGGUCGGAAGUGGCCAUUCUGUACAAUGACAGGUCAGUGCUGGAGAACUAUCAUGUCAGCGCUGCCUACAGGCUGAUGGCCGAAGAAGACAUGAACAUCCUGGUCAACCUGAACAGGGAUGACUGGAGGGAGCUGAGGUCUCUGGUGAUAGAGAUGGUGAUGUCAACAGACAUGUCCUGUCACUUCCAGCAAAUCAAGACCAUGCGGAACACCCUAACACAGACACACAGUAUAGACAAAGUGAAGGUUUUGUCUCUGAUGCUUCAUGCUGCAGACAUCAGUCAUCCAGCCAAAGCCUGGCCACUGCACUACCGCUGGACCCACAGUCUGAUGGAGGAGUUUUUUAGACAGGGAGAUAAAGAGGUGGAACUUGGGCUCCCGUUUUCUCCUCUCUGUGACCGUAAAGCUACCAUGAUUGCCCAGUCACAGAUAGGUUUUAUAGACUUCAUUGUGGAGCCAACCUUCAGCGUACUGAUUGACACGACAGAGAAGGUGAUUGGUCCUCUAAUAGAAGAGGACAGGAAGGCCAGAGAGACUGGAAACAGGAGGUCCAGUCUAACAGGAAGUGGUUCAGUUACUGUGGAGUCGGUCCAGAGGCACAGUAGUGUUCGCCAUGGGAACAGUGAUGAUGGACAGAUGGACUUUUCUCUGACAGCUAUUGAUCUGCCGGCACUGAGAUUGCACCUUUCUGGUGUCAUUGCCAGCAACAAGGACAGAUGGAAAGAGCUGUCUGUGCAUGAGCUGGCCAAUAAGGAGCAAGAAGAAAAAGAAAGUGGGGGGCUCCAGUCACAUGCCUCAACUAGCCGCAGCAUCCCUGAUGGACCCACUGCUGAUCAGCCACAGAACUCUGAUGGCUCCCCUCCAGGUGAAUCACAUGAAGAGUCACCUGACCACAUGCCUGCAGAUCACCUGACCUGCAAUGGAGAGGGCCCAGAGGAGGAGAAAGGGGACAACGAUGAUGAAGUGCCUGAAAACGUCUGACAGCACUCUGCCAAACUUCCCACUGUAUCUUACUGUGGCAGAUGACCCUGGCAACAGGGUGUCGCCGUGCAGUGACAAUGAGAGUUCACACUCUCUGUUUAAACACAGCAGCUGACUAAGUGGUCCUUCAGUGACUUGAAAAUGGCCACCAGACCUUUUCUUUUUUUAACAACUGAUCAUGAAAAUAUCACAUUCAGAGUGAAAACGUUCAUUAGAUAACAGCUUCUUAGCAGCCUCAUGGCCCAUUCACAGUGGUGACAGUGUUUUGUGAUUUUUAUUAGAGAUUCAGAGGAAUGCUGUCUGUGAAAUAGAUGUCAUCAUUUAAAUAAAAACAAAGGCAGGCAGGUAGGUGAAAACCAAAGAGUGCGGAGUGGCUGAAAAAUCCCCAUUCAGGGAGAAGGCAGGCAGUCUGUUAUUAGGACUAAUGACGAAUGGAGCUGUUAAGAAGCAGUUGUCAAGGUUUUGUUAAUGCAGCUGAGCACAGCAACAGGUGUGAUGUUAUAAACCUCUUAUAAUAUGAGUGUGAAGAGUGAUUGCUGCUCUGUUCUCUGUUCAUACGCCAAUUUAUCACUUCAAUUUAUGUCAAACAAAAUGUUGGAUGAUGCUGCAGCAGUUGUUAAUCACAGCGCCUAAGUAGCAAGCUGAAUUGAGCCGACUGACUGCUGGUAUAACUGACUAUGUUGAGAUUAUUCAUACCAUACAAGUUUUUUCUUCUGGCCUGCUGGACUUGGGCCAUUUUGGGGGGCAAAACAAUUUGGAUACCUGGUUUUGGGCAAAAUGUAAUAGUUAUUCAGUGGAUUGGGAUCUUUAGGCUUUGGUCUAGCACCAGGUGAAAAUUUAACCUAAAAGGAUGCCACUACAGGCCAGAAUAUUUGCAAUCCUGGUUGCACCAUAACACUUGUCCUAACUACUAACUUACAAUAGGGACAGGAAGAUGUUAGUGUCAGUGAUAAUGCUUUUUAAAUACACAGUGAAAACUAAUCUAUAAAAACACAUGUUCUCAAAUUUCUGUUAUAACCUCUGUCUUAGGUUCUAACAAAUAUAAGGUUUCAAAAUCAGUUUUACUAUAAAAACCAUAAAAUUAUCCUAGCUAGCUUAGUGGCUGACAUAGCGAAGCAAAACAACCAUAGCCAUUU